AUGAAUUCAUUACCACCAUUACCAAAUGAACUCAAAUUCAUUAGUCCUUAUCUUCAACGAGCACAAGAAUUACAACAAAGAGAGCCAAUAAUAGCUUAUUAUUGCAAUUAUUACGCAGCAAAAUUAGCCAUUGAAAAAGGAACAAAAGAAAAAGGAGAAAGUCAAAAUUUUCUUUUUAAACUAUUAGAUGUUCUUGAAAAGGAAAAGAAAAAGUUUUCAAAUAAUGAGGCAGUUACAAAUGAUAUCGUCGGUGAAGCAUUCGUAGAAAAUUUUGCCAUAAAAAUUUUCCUAAAUGCUGAUAACAUUGAUAGGGCUGGGAAGGCCACAAAGCAAACAGCAAUGACUUUUUUGGCAUCAUCUAUAUUCUUGGAGCUACUAAAGAUAUUUGGUGAAUUAAGUCCUGAGGUCGAAAAUAAAAUUAAAUAUGCGAAAUGGAAGGCUGCCCAUAUUAUUAAGGCAUUGAGGGAUGGUCAAAGACCAAUUGCUGGUCCUCCUGGAGGUGAUCCUACAUCACAAGAACCAACUUACGUUGAUAAUGUUAAUACUAAUGCAGCACCAUUAUCAAAUGUUUCAAUAACCGGACCUCCUUUACCACCCAAAUCAAAUGCAAUUCAACCUUUUAAUUAUAUUCAAUCAAUAACACCAACACAAACGGCUCCAUCCUCAAUACAACCACACUCACAAUUACCACAACAACAAAGAACACCAAAUGCAACUACUUCAACCGGUCAGCAACAACAGCCAACAAGAUCAACUCUAAACUUAAAAUCAAAUAGUCAUUGUGAAAUAGAUCCAAACACAGUUGCAACUGCUCAAAAAUAUUGUAAAUGGGCAGUGAGUGCUUUAAAUUAUAAUGAUGUUAAAACUGCUAUAGAAAAUAUAGACAAGGCUAAAGCAUUACUAGAAUCUUAUAAUAACUAA